GGCGGGGUGGGCACGAGCUCUAGCCGCAUCAUGGAUCCAGCUGCAUGCUGCUAUUUCAUUCUACUGGACAUACACGCACGCACACACACAAAAUGUUGCCCUGUCUGCUACGGAAAUGAUAUCCCCAGCCAAUCUAGUGGGAGAGGUCGCACAGACGGACAACAUCCGCAUUCCUCGUCGGUGCAGGUUACGCAUUCCCCCCUGUCUUGUGCCGUGGGCUAGAAGCCCUGAUUUCUCCUUUCGGCCCCUCAUGCUUCAUCUUCGUGAUUUGAUAGAAAUUAUUACUCUGAUCAUUGUUUCUGAUAUUUUCGGUCUGCUUCUGGGCCUAUCGACUCGAACAUUCAUCGCUCAGGCCUAUCCCUUUGUGGAGGGCCAGGCGCACAGCCCGGUCCUACUAAUGGGAUUAGCAAAGCAUAGUACGGAGUAAGACGUCGCGAGGUCCAUUGUCGCGGAAGGAUUCGUUUUUGAGGCCUGCGGGUUGGUUGCAUGACGGCCCGUUGGCUGGAAGCUCGGCUCAG